AAACGAGAGAUUCAUCCUGCCAGCUCAGGUCGACAAGUCUACGGAUUUUCCUCCGUCUCUUACACCGCCAGAGUAAUCGGGCUAUUCCCAAGGCGCAUCGAGCGCUUAUAUUGAAAACAGCUAGGCUGUUGUAUUUUUCUACUCUGUUGUUAAACUCUGUCUCGCGGCUCGAAUUUCAACCCACUCGUUCAAGAUGGCUGCCGUCGACUACCUACUGCACGAAAGUGCGGUGGGCUACUCCGUUUUCCAGGUCGUCGACCGACCUGAGACUAUUGGAAACCGCCUGAAGGAAGUCCAGGCCGGUACUGAGGAUUUGGCGACCUUUGGAAAGAUGGUCAAGCUUUUGAGUUUCGCUCCUUUCCAGGGCGCAGCGCAGGCUCUUGAAAAUGCCAACGAUGUUUCUGAGGGUAUUGCCUCUGAAUAUCUGAGAUCGCUGCUGGAAGUCAACCUUCCCAAGGCAGGCAAGAAGAAGAAGAUCGUACUUGGUGUUACGGACAAGAAUCUUGCUGGUAGCAUCAAGUCUGCAUUCCCCUCGGUUGAGUGCGAGACUGGUGACACUAGCGAGGUGGUCCAGGACCUUCUCCGUGGUAUUAGAUUCCAUGCGCCGAAGCUAUUGAAGCAAUUGCAGGAGGGCGAUGUUGAGCGCGCCCAGCUCGGUCUUGGCCACGCCUAUUCUCGUGCCAAGGUCAAGUUUAGCGUUCAGAAGAACGACAACCACAUCAUCCAAGCCAUCGCUACGCUCGAUCAUCUCGACAAAGCCAUUAACACUUUCUCCAUGCGUGUGCGGGAAUGGUACUCGUGGCACUUCCCUGAGCUGAUUAAGAUCGUCUCCGACAACCACACCUACGCACGCCUCGCACUUUUCGUUGGUGACAAGAAGACACUUAACGAUGAGAAGCUGCAUGACAUUGCCGCUAUCGUCAAUGACGACGCUGAGAUCGCGCAGAGCAUUAUCGAUGCUGCCAAAGUUAGCAUGGGUCAGGAUAUUUCCGAGACUGACAUGGAGAAUGUCAUGGCUUUUGCCAGCCGCGUGGUCAGUCUUACCGGGUUCCGCAAGUCGUUGUUCAACUAUCUGGUCGCCAAGAUGGGCAUUGUUGCUCCCAACCUUGCUGCUCUGAUCGGUGAGGUCGUUGGUGCUCGUCUCAUUUCCCACGCUGGAAGCUUGACCAACCUUUCCAAAUACCCUGCCUCCACCGUUCAGAUUCUCGGUGCCGAGAAGGCUCUUUUCAGAGCCCUCAAGACCAAGGGAAACACCCCCAAGUAUGGUCUCAUUUAUCACUCUUCUUUCAUCGGCAAGGCUGGCCAGAAGAACAAGGGCCGGAUCUCCCGAUUCCUCGCCAACAAGUGCUCAAUUGCCUCAAGAAUUGAUAACUUCUCCGAAGCUCCGACUACCAAGUUUGGUGAGGCUCUCAAGCAACAGGUUGAGGAGCGCCUGCAGUUCUACGCUACUGGUCAGGCGCCUACAAAGAACGAAGUUGCCAUGAAAACCGCUAUGGAUGCGGUUCUUGCCGAUAUCAAUGUGGACGACCCCACUGCUAACGCUGACGAGGAUGAGGAGAUGGCUGACGCGACGCCUCGGGCGGUCCAGAAGCAAGAGAAGAAGAAGAAGGACAAGGAAGAGAAGGAGGAGAAGAAGGAUAAGAAAGAUAAGAAGAAGCGCCGACACAGCGAGGCUGACGGCGAAGUCGAAGAUAAGAAGGAAAAGAAGAAGAAGAGAAAGAGCAAGGGCGUAGAGUAAAGUGCUCCAUUUACUCUUCUCGCUCCUCUGAAAUUUCCCGCCGUUUUUGUUCCUGGUGUCUUUCUAUUCACCUUUGACAUAUCUGCUUACAUAUGUCUGUCGGUUACUUUCCUUGUAUUUCACUCUUGGUGUACAUGUAAUUAUACGUGUGGUGAUCUGGGGUUUCUCACGUGAGACGGAGUUUUAGGUUACCAAUAAAAGAAGUUAUUUCUCCUUUUACUCUGCGCUUCCUGUCUUCGAGACAUUACUUCUUGGGAAGUCGCUUUGAUUGUGUUUCAUAGCUGCGUGUGACGAUGAUAUAAAACAUCAAACUUGAAUCUGUGUAUCUAUGGUAAUAGAUAG